CCUGCCGGCAGCGCCAUGGUGGCCGGCAUGCGGAUGCCCCUGGAGCAGCUGCGGGCCAUCUACGAGCUGCUCUUCCGCGACGGGGUGCUGGUGGCCCAGAAGGACCGGCGCCCGCACAGCUUCCACCCGCAGCUGCCCGGGGUCAGCCACCUGCAGGUCCAGCGGGCCCUGGGCUCCCUGCGCUCCCGCGGCCUGGCCCGGCAGACCUUCGCCUGGCGCCACUGCUACUGGUACCUGACGGACGAGGGCGUCGCGCACCUGCGCCAGUACCUGCGCCUGCCCCCGGAGAUCGUGCCCAGCACCCUGCAGCGGGGCCGCCGGCCCGUGGCCACGCCGCGGCCCGUGGCCUCGCGCCCGCCUUGCGUCCAGAGCGUGGCGGGGCCGCUGGCCUGCCCCCCGAAGCCGCAGGAGGGCUCGCGGCAGGCCUAUCGCCGGAAAGAGGCGCCUCCCGCCACUGCCGGGCACGUGGUGGUGCUGGUGGCGGAGGAGCCGGCUGGCGUGGGCAGGCGGGCAGCGCCCCCCUCGGGGGCCUCCUCGGAUGGCAGUCCUGCUGCACAAGAUGAACGGGAUCGGGUCCAGAAGAAGACCUUCACCAAAUGGGUCAACAAGCACCUUAUCAAGCACUGGCGAGCAGAGGCCCAGCGCCACGUCAACGACCUCUACGAGGACCUGCGCGACGGACACAACCUCAUCUCCCUGCUGGAGGUCCUGUCGGGAGACACCCUGCCCAGAGAGCGCAACGUGAUCAGGAACUUGCGGCUGCCCCGCGAAAAGGGCCGGAUGCGCUUCCACAAGCUGCAGAAUGUGCAGAUCGCCUUGGAUUACUUGAAGCACCGGCAGGUGAAGCUGGUCAAUAUCCGGAACGAUGACAUUGCCGACGGCAACCCCAAGCUGACGCUGGGCCUCAUCUGGACCAUCAUCCUCCACUUCCAGAUCUCCGACAUCCAGGUGAGCGGCCAGUCGGAGGACAUGACGGCCAAGGAGAAGCUGCUGCUCUGGUCCCAGCGCAUGGUGGAGGGCUACCAGAGCCUGCGCUGCGACAACUUCACCAGCAGCUGGCGGGACGGGCGCCUCUUCAACGCCAUCAUCCACCGGCACAAGCCCCUGCUGAUCGACAUGAACAAGGUCUACCGCCAGAGCAACGUGGAGAACCUGGAGCAGGCCUUCUCGGUGGCCGAGCACGACUUGGGGGUGACGCGCCUGCUGGACCCCGAAGACGUCGACGUGCCGCAGCCGGACGAGAAGUCCAUCAUCACCUACGUCUCCUCGCUCUACGACGCCAUGCCCCGCGUGCCGGACGUGCAGGACGGGGUCAAGGCCAACGAGCUGCAGUUGCGCUGGCAGGAGUACUCCGAGGUGGUGACGCUGCUCUUGCAGUGGAUCCAGCACCACACGGUGGUUUUCGAGGAGCGGAAGUUCCCCACCAGCUACGAGGAGAUUGAGAUCUUGUGGCGCCAGUUCCUGAAGUUCAAGGAGACGGAGCUCCCCGCCAAGGAGGCGGACAAGAACCGCUCCAAGGCCAUCUACCAGUCCCUGGAGGCGGCCGUGCAGUCGGGGCAGCUGAAGGUGCCUGCUGGCUGCCACCCGCUGGACGUGGAGAAGGAGUGGGGCAGGCUGCACGUGGCCAUCCUGGAGCGGGAGAAGCUGCUGCGGGCCGAGUUCGAGAGGCUGGAGUGGCUGCAGCGCAUCGUCAGCAAGCUCCAGAUGGAGUCCGGGCUCUGCGAGGAGCAGCUCAACCAGGCCGACACCCUCCUGCAGUCGGACAUCCGGCUGCUGAAUGCCGGGAAGGCCCCGCAGAAGUCGGCCGAGGUUGAGCGGGACCUGGACAAGGCCGACGGCAUGAUCCGCGUGCUCUUCAACGACGUGCAGGCGCUCAAGGACGGGCGCCACCCGCAGGGCGAGCAGAUGUACCGCAGGGUCUACCGCUUGCACGAGCGCCUGGUGGCGAUCCGCACCGAGUACAACCUGCGCCUGAAGUCGGGCGCAGCAGCCCCCAUCGCCCAGGUGACCCUGCCGGCCACCCAGCAGCGCCCGCGGCAGGAGCUGGACGACGUGACGCUGCGCUACCUGCAGGACCUGCUGGCCUGGGUGGAGGAGAACCAGCGCCGCCUCGGGGCGGCCGAGUGGGGCGUCGACCUGCCCACCGUGGAGUCCCAGCUGGGCAGCCACCGGGGCCUGCACCAGUCCGUGGAGGAGUUCCGCGCCAAGAUCGAGAGGGCCCGGGCGGACGAGGCCCAGCUGUCUCCUGGCCCUCGGACUGCCUACCGGGACUGCCUGAGCAAGCUGGAUGCGCAGUACGCCAAGCUGCUGGCCGCCUCCAAGGCCCGGCUGCACCACCUGGAGGGCCUCCAUGGCUUUGUGGCAGCGGCCACCAAGGAGCUGAUGUGGCUGAACGAGAAGGAGGAGGAGGAGGUGGGCCACGACUGGAGCGAGCGCAACAGCAACAUGGCCGCCAAGAAGGAGAGCUACUCGGGGCUGAUGCGGGAGCUGGAGCAGCGCGAGCGGAAGAUCAAGGAGAUCCAGAGCACGGGAGACCGGCUGCUGCGGGAGGAGCACCCGGGCCGGCCCACGGUGGAGGCGUUCCAGGCUGCCCUGCAGACCCAGUGGAGUUGGAUGCUUCAGCUGUGCUGCUGCAUCGAAGCCCACCUGAAGGAGAACACCGCCUACUUCCAGUUCUUCUCGGAUGUGAAGGAAGCCGAGGAGUUUCUGCGCAAGACCCAGGAGACGCUGAAGAAGAAGUUUGCCUGCGACCGCUCGGUCACCGUGACGCGCCUGGAGGACCUGCUCCAAGACUCCCUGGACGAGCAGGAGCGGCUGGCCGCCUACCAGGGGCACCUGGCGGGCCUGGCCAAGCGGGCCAAGGCGGUGAUCCAGCUGAAGCCCCGCAGCCCCAGCACCCCACUGAAGGGCCGCCUGCCCCUCCGGGCCGUCUGUGACUACAAGCAGAUGGAGAUCACCGUGCACAAGGGAGACGCCUGCGCCCUGCUCAGCAACGCCCAGCCCUACAAGUGGAAGGUGCUGAACGCUGGCGGGAGCGAGUCCCUCAUGCCCUCCGUCUGCUUCCUGGUGCCCCCGCCCAACAAGGAGGCCUCGGACGCCGUCAGCAGGCUGGAGGCCACCCACCAGAGCCUGCUGGCCCACUGGCAGCAGCUGCACAUCGACAUGAGCAGCCUCCUCUCCUGGCAGUUCCUGCAGCGAGACAUCCAGCAGAUCCAGGCCUGGUCGCUCCUCAUCUUCCGGACGAUGCCCCCCGAGGACUACCGGCAGGCGCUGCGCAGCCUGGAGAGCCACUACCGGGACUUCCUGCGCCAGAGCCAGGAUGCGCAGAACUUCCUGCCGGACGACCGGCUGCAGGUGGAGCGCGACUACAGCGCCUGCACCCAGAAGUACGAGCUGCUGCUGCGGGGCCUGGAGAAAGGGGAACAGGAGGAGUCCUUGUGCCGGAACUUCAUCUCCCAGCUGAAGGACAUCCGCCUGCAGUUGGAGGGCUGUGAGUCGCGCACCACCCACAAGAUCCGCUCCCCGCUGGACAAAGAGCCCGCCAAGGAGUGUGCCCAGCGCAUCAGCGACCAGCAGCAAAUCCACCAGGAGCUGGAGGGCAUCCGGAAGAGCCUGGGGAAAGUGAGUCGGGGGACGGAGGAGGUGCUGGCCCAGCCGGAGCAGGCCGGCUCAGCCCCCACACUGCGCUCGGAGCUGGACGUCACCCUGCAGAAGAUGGAGCGCGUCUACAGCCUCUCCAGCAUCUACCUGGAGAAGCUGAAGACCAUCCACCUGGUGAUCCGCAGCACGCAGGGGGCCGAGGAGCUGGUCUGGCAGUACGAGGAGCAGCUGAAGGACGUGCAGACGGUGCCCGCGGAGCUCAAGGCGCUGGAGACGGCCAAGGCCGAGCUGAAGAGGCUGCGUGGGCAGGUGGAGGGGCACCAGCCCCUCUUCGGCACCCUGGAGGCGGACCUGGGCAAGGCCGGCGAGGUGAACGAGCGGAUGGUGCGGGGCCACAGCGAGCGCGACCUGGACCUGGACCGCUACCGCGAGCGGGUGCAGCAGCUGCUGGAGCGCUGGCAGGCCGUCCUGGCCCAGAUCGACCUGCGCCAGCGGGAGCUGGACCACUUGGGGCGCCAGCUGCGCUACUACCGCGAGAGCUACGAGGGGCUGAUCCGCUGGAUCCAGGACGCCAAGCAGCGGCAGGAGAGCCUCCAGGCCGUGCCCAUCACCAGCAGCCAGAGCGUGCGCGCCCAACUGCUGCAGGAGAAGAAACUCCUGGAGGAGUGCGACCGGAACCGGGAGAAGGUGGAGGAGUGCCAGCGCUUUGCCAAGCAGUACAUCGAUGCCAUCAAGGAUUAUGAGCUCCAGGUGGUCACCUACAGGGCCCAAGUGGAGCCCGUGGCUUCUCCAGCCAAGAAGCCCAAAGUCCAGUCUGCAUCGGACAGCGUCAUCCAGGAGUACGUGGACUUGCGGACUCGGUACAGCGAACUGACCACCCUCACCAGCCAGUAUCUCCGGUUCAUCACAGAGACUCUGCGGCGGCUGGAGGAAGAGGAGAAAGCGGCAGAGAAGCUGAAGGAGGUGGAGCGGGAGCGGCUGGCCGAGGUGGAGGCCCAGUUGGAAAAGCAGAAGCAGCUGGCCGAGGCCCACGCCAAGGCCAAGGCCCAGGCCGAGAAGGAGGCUCUGGAGCUGCAGCAGCUCAUGCGGGAGGAGGUGAGCAAGCGGCAGCUGGUGGCCGUGGACGCCGCGCAGCAGAAGCAGAACAUCCAGCUGGAGCUGGCGCAGAUGAAGCAGAACUCCGACCUGCAGGUGCAGUCCAAACUCAAGCUGAUCGAGGAGGCCGAGUUCAGCCGGCGGAAAGUGGAGGAAGAGAUCCACAUUAUCCGCCUCCAGCUGGAGGCCACGGAGAAGCAGAAGGCGGGGGCCGAGGGCGAGCUGCGGGCGCUGAGGGCCCGUGCUGACGAGGCUGAGCACCAGAAGAAGCUGGCCCAGGAGGAGGCGGAGCGCCUGCGCAAGCAGGUCAAGGAGGAGACGCAGAAGAAGAGGGAGGCCGAGGAGGAGCUGAAGCGCAAGGUGCAGGCCGAGCAGCAGGCGGCCCGGGAGAAGCAGAAGGCGCUGGAGGACCUGCAGCAGCUGCGCCUGCAGGCGGAAGAGGCCGAGCGCCGGAUGAGGCAGGCGGAGCUGGAGAAGGAGCGGCAGCUGCAGCUGGCCCAGGAGGUGGCCCAGAAGAGCGCGGAGGCCGACCUGCACAGCCGGCGCCUGUCCUUUGCCGAGAAGACGGCCCAGCUGGAGAUGUCCCUCAAGCAGGAGCACAUCACCGUCACCCACCUGCAGGAGGAGGCGGCCCGGCUGAAGAAGCAGCAGCAGGAGGCCGAGCAGUCCCGGGAGGAGGCCGAGCGGGAGCUGGAGAAGUGGCGCCAGAAGGCCAACGAGGCCCUGCGGCUGCGGCUGCAGGCCGAGGAGGUGGCCCACCAGAAGGCCCUGGCCCAGGAGGAAGCCGAGAAGCAGAAGGAGGACGCCGAGCGGCAGGCCCGGAAGAGGAGCAAGGCGGAGGAGUCUGCCCUGCGCCAGAAGGAGCUGGCCGAGGAGGAGCUGGAGAAGCAGCGGAGGCUGGCCGAGGGCACCGCCCAGCAGAAGUUCCAGGCGGAGCAGGAGCUGAUCCGUCUGAAGGCCGAGAUGGAGAACGGGGAGCAGCAGCGCCUGCUGCUGGAGGAGGAGCUCUUCCGGCUCAAGAACGAGGUGAGCCAGGCCAUCCAGAAGCGGAAGGAGCUGGAGGAGGAGCUGGCCACGCUGCGGGCCGAGAUGGAGCUGCUGCUGCGGAGCAAGGCCAAGACGGAGGAGGAGUCCCGCUCCACCAGCGAGAAGUCCAAGCAGAUCCUGGAGGCCGAGGCCAGCAAGCUGCGGGAGCUGGCCGAAGAGGCGGCUCGGCUGCGGGCCCUCUCGGAGGAGGCCAAGCGGCAGCGGCAGCUGGCCGAAGAAGAGGCUACCCGGCAGCGGGCGGAGGCAGAGAGGAUCCUCAAGGAGAAGCUGGCGGCCAUCAACGAUGCCUCGCGGCUCAAAGCGGAGGCAGAAAUCGCCUUGAAGGAGAAGGAGGCGGAGAACGAGCGCCUGCGGCGCCUGGCGGAGGACGAGGCCUACCAGCGGAGGCUGCUGGAGGAGCAGGCCGCCCAGCACAAGCAGGACAUCGAGGAGAAGAUCGCCCAGCUGAGGAAGUCCUCGCUCAGCGAGCUGGAGAGGCAGAAGGGCAUCGUGGACGAGACGCUGAAGCAGCGGCGCCUCAUCGAGGAAGAGAUCCGCGUCCUCAAGCUCAGCUUCGAACAAGCCUCUGUGGGCAAGGCAGACCUGGAGCUGGAGCUCACCCGGAUCAAGCAGAACGCCGAGGAGAUCCAGCGCAGCAAGGAGCAGGCCGAGCGCGAGGCCGAGAAGCUGCGCCAGCUGGCCUUGGAGGAGGAGACCCGCCGGCGGGAGGCGGAGGGCAAGGUCAAGCAGAUCGUGGCCGCUGAGCAGGAAGCUGCCCGGCAGCGCAAGGCCGCCCUGGAGGAGGUGGAGCGCCUGAAGGCCAAGGUGGAGGAGGCCAAGCGGCAGAAGGAGCUGGCGGAGCAGGAGUCCGAGAGGCAGAUCCAGCUGGCGCAGGAGGCCGCGCAGAAGAGGAUCGUGGCGGAAGAGGCGGCCCACCUGGUCGCCGUGCAGCAGAAGGAGCAGGAGCUGCUGCAGACCAGGAAGCAGGAGCAGAGCGUGCUGGGGAAGCUGAGGGAGGAGGCGGAGAAGGCCAAGAAAGCGGCCGAGGAAGCCGAGUCUGCGCGGGUCAGAGCCGAGCAGGACGCCACCCUCUCCCGGCAGCGGGUUGAGGACGCUGAGCGCAUGAAGCAGCAGGCCGAGGAGGAGGCUCAGGCCAAAGGCAGGGCCCAGGAAGAUGCCGAGAAGCUGCGGAAGGAGGCCGAGCUGGAGGCCGCCAGGAGGGCCCAGGCAGAGCAGGCGGCCCUCAAGCAGAAGCAGCUGGCCGACGCCGAGAUGGAGAAGCACAAGAAGUUUGCCGAGCAGACGCUCCGGCAGAAGGCCCAGGUGGAGCAGGAGCGGACCAAAGUCAAGCUGCGGCUGGAGGAGACGGACCGCCAGAAGAGCAUCCUGGAGGAGGAGCUGCAGCGGCAGAAGGAGGAGGUGGCGGGAGCCGUGAAGCAGAAGGCGCAGGCCGAGGAGGAGCUCUUCCGGGUGAAGGUCCAGAUGGAGCAGCUGGCCAAGCUCAAGGCCCGCAUCGAGGAGGAGAACAAGCGGCUCAUCGCCAAGGACAAGGACAGCACGCAGAAGUUCCUGGCCGAAGAGGCAGAGAGGAUGAAGCAGCUGGCCGAGGAGGCUGCGCGGCUGAACGUGGAGGCCCAGGAGGCGGCCCGCCUGCGGCAGCUGGCCGAGGAGGACCUGGGGCGGCAGCGGGCGCUGGCCGAGAAGAUCCUGAAGGAGAAGAUGCAGGCGGUCCAGGAAGCCACGCGGCUGAAGGCCGAGGCCGAGAUGCUGCAGAAGCAGAAGGAGCUCGCCCAGGAGCACGCCAAGAAGCUGCAGGAGGACAAGGAGCAGAUGCAGCAGCAGCUGGCGGAGGAGACCGAGGGCUUCCAGAAGACCCUGGAGGCCGAGCGCAGGCGGCAGCUGGAGCUCAGCGCCGACGCCGAGCGCCUGAAGCUGCAGGUGGCCGAGAUGAGCCUGGCCCAGGCCAAGGCGGAGGAAGAGGCCAAGCGCUUCAAGAGGCAGGCGGAGGAGAUCAGCACCAAGCUGCACCAGACGGAGCUGGCCACCCAGGAGAAGGUGACGCUGGUGCAGACGCUGGAGAUCCGCCGGCAGCAGAGUGACCAGGAUGCCGAGAAGCUGCGGAAAGCCAUCGCCGAGCUGGAGAAGGAGAAGCAGAGGCUGCAGCGGGAGGCAGAGCUGCUGCAGCAGAACGCAGAAGAGAUGCAGACUGCUCAGAAGGAACAGUUGCGCCAGGAGACGCAGAUGCUGCAGCAGACCUUCCUGUCGGAAAAGGACACCCUCCUGCAGAAGGAGCGAUUCAUUGAGGAGGAGAAGGCCAAGCUGGAGAAGCUCUUCAAGGACGAGGUUCACAAAGCCCAGAGCCUGAAGGCCGAGCAGGAGCGCCAGCAGAGGCAGCUGGAGACGGAGAAGCAGCAGCUGAAGGCCGGCCUGGAGAAUGCCCAGAAGAAGCAGGCGGAGGCGGAGGAGAACGUCCGCCAGAAGCAGGAGGAGCUGCAGCAGCUGGAAAAGCAGCGGCAGCUGCAGGAGAAGCUCCUUGCGGAGGAGAACCAGAAGCUCCGGGAGAGGCUCACACGGCUGCAAGAGGAGCAGAGGGCCGCCCUUGCUCAGACCCGGGAGAUCAUGAUCCAGACUGACGACCUUCCUCAAGAGGCGGCGGUUCCUUCUGUCCAGGUGCCUCAGGCGAAAGCGGUGCCCAAUGGCCGAGACGCGGUCGAUGGCCUGGCUCAGAACGGUGAGCCGGAGUUGGUGUUUGAGGGCAUCCGGCAGAAAGUGUCCGCCAAGAAGCUGGCAGAGGCUGGCAUCUUGAGCAGAGACUCCUUGGAGAAGCUGACCACAGGGGCGGUGACCGUGCAGGAGCUGUCGCAGAGGGACGACCUCCAGAGGUACUUGCGGGGCACCAGCAGCAUCGCUGGCCUCCUGGUCAAGCCCACCAACGAGAAGAUGAGCCUCUACCAGGCCAUGAAGCAGCAGCUGCUGAGCCCAGGCACGGCUCUCAUCCUGCUGGAGGCCCAGGCGGCCUCCGGCUUCCUCAUCGAUCCCGUGAGGAACAAGAGGCUCUCCGUCAGUGAGGCGGUGAAAGAGGGAGUUGUUGGGCCCGAGCUGCACAACAAAUUGCUGUCUGCGGAGAGGGCCGUGACUGGCUAUAAAGACCCCUAUACUGGGGAAAAGAUUUCCCUCUUCCAAGCCAUGACCAAAGAUCUCAUUGUUCAAGACCACGGCAUCCGUCUCCUGGAGGCCCAGCUUGCCACAGGGGGCCUCAUUGAUCCCAUCAACAGCCACCGCCUGCCUGUGGAAACGGCAUACAAGCGAGGCUACUUCGACAAGGAGAUGCAACGGAUCCUCUCCGAUCCUUCUGAUGACACCAAGGGCUUCUUUGAUCCCAACACCCAGGAGAACCUGACGUACCUGCAGCUGAUGGAGAGAUGUGUGACUGACCCAGAGACGGGACUCUCCUUCCUGCCACUAACGGACAAGGCGGCCAAAGGCAGAGAGCUGGCCUACACAGACCAAGAGGCCAGGGACAUCUUCCAGAAAGCCACAGUGUCUGCUCCCUUUGGCAAAUUUAAGGGGAAGACUGUGACCAUCUGGGAAAUCAUUAACUCUGAGUAUUUCACGGAGGAGCAGAGGCGGGACCUUCUGCGCCAAUACAAGACUGGGAAGAUCACUGUGGAGAAGAUCAUCAAGGUCAUCAUCACCGUGGUGGAGGAGAGCGAGAAGAAGAGCCAGCUCUGCUUUGAGGGGCUCCGGGCUCCUGUGCCAGCUGCUAAGUUACUGGAGAGCAAGAUCAUCGACAAGGAUCUUUACAACCAGCUGCACCAGGGGAAGAAGUCUGUGAAGGAGGUCGCCAACAUGGAUGCCAUUAGGAGGUACCUCAAGGGCUCCGGCGCCAUUGCGGGCAUCUUGGUAGAGUCAACUGGCCAGAAGCUCUUGGUCAAUGAUGCCUUGAAGAAAAACCUCCUGAAGCCGGAAGUUGCCCUGAUGCUGCUGGAGGCCCAGGCUGGAACUGGAUACAUCAUUGACCCCGUGAGGAAUGAGCAGCUUCCUGUAGAUGAAGCCGUGAGAGCAGGCAUGGUUGGGCCCGAGCUGCAUGAGAAGCUGCUGUCUGCAGAGAAGGCUGUGACUGGCUACAAGGACCCCUACACGGGGCAGGUGGUCUCUCUCUUCCAAGCCCUGGAAAAAGGCCUCAUCCCUAAGAACGCUGGGGUCCGUCUAUUGGACGCUCAGCUUGCCACUGGGGGCAUCAUUGAUCCUGUGAACAGCCACCGUCUCCCCCUCGAUGUGGCCUGUAAGCUGGGCUUCUUCAGUGAGGAUAUGAAUAAGGCCCUCUCUGCCCCCGCUGACGAUGCCAGACUGUACUAUGACCCCAACACCCAAGAAAGCCUCACCUAUGCUCAGCUGCAGAGGAAGUGCCAGGCAGAUAAGCAGACGGGCCUCUCCCUGCUGCCCCUCUCGGACCAGGCCAUACGGCUUCAGCAGGAGGAGGUCUUCUCCGACAGCCAGGCCAAGGAGACCUUUGGCAAGGCUGUCGUAGAAAUCCCAUCAGGCAGCUUCAAAGGCAAGACAGUGACCAUCUGGGAGCUGAUUCACUCGGAAUAUUUCACCGAAGAACAGAGGAGAGAGCUGAUUCGGCAGUACAAAUCGGGCAAGGUCACCAUCGAGCGGCUCAUCAAGAUAAUCAUCACGAUCGUAGAAGAGACAGAGGCCAAACAGCAAGAGAAGCUGACCUUCAGUGGCUUGCGGGGCCCUGUGCCUGCCCGUGAGCUGCUGGACGCCAAGAUCCUUAGCAAAGCCCAGUACGGGCAGCUGAAGGAAGGAAAGAAGUCCGUGAAAGACUUCUCUGAGACGGAGGCCGUGAGAAGAUACUUGCAGGGGAGUGACUGCAUCAGUGGGGUCUACGUGGAAGAAACCAAGGAGAAGCUGAACAUCUACGAGGCCAUGAGGAGGAACCUGCUCUUGCCCAGCACAGCAACCGUCCUCCUGGAGGCCCAGGCGGCCACCGGCUUCAUGGUGGACCCCGUGAGGAACCAGAAGCUGUACGUUCACGAGGCAGUGAAGGCUGGCGUUGUGGGGCCCGAGCUGCAUGAAAAGCUGCUUUCGGCCGAGAAGGCCGUCACUGGGUACAGAGACCCUUACUCGGGGAACACCAUUUCCCUUUUUGAGGCUAUGAAGAAGGGGCUUAUCCUGAGGGAACACGCCAUCCGCCUGCUGGAGGCCCAGAUGGCCACCGGGGGCAUCAUCGACCCCGUCCACAGUCACCGCCUCCCUGUGGAGGUGGCCUACAGGCGGGGCUACUUUGACGAAGCCAUGAACCAAACCCUCUCAGACCCCACAGACGACACCAAGGGCUUCUUUGAUCCCAAUACCAAGGAGAACCUCACCUAUCUGCAGCUGAAGGAGAGAUGCAUUGAAGAUCCCGAGACGGGCCUCUACCUCCUGCCCCUAAAGCAGCCUGAGAGACCCACGGUAGUGGAGACCACCCAGGUGUACACAGAGGCGGAGACCAAGAAGGUGUUUGAGGAGACCCAAGUGGACAUCCCAGUGGGAGACCUGGCUGGUUCCUCCAUGUCUCUGUGGGACAUCAUGCACUCGGACAUCAUCCCGGAAGAGCAGCGCAAGCGCCUGAUGGAGGAGUUCCGCUCUGGCCAGGUGACGAAGGAACGCAUGAUUAUCAUCAUCAUCGAGAUCAUAGAGAAGACAGAGAUCAUCCGGCAACAAGACCUCACCUCCUAUGACUAUGUCCGACGUCGCAUCACUGCUGAAGAUCUCUACGAGGCCAAGAUCAUCUCCCUCGAGAUAUACAAAGCCCUAAAGCAGGGUUCCAAGACCAUCCGUGAGAUUCUAGAGAUGGAGACCAUCUGGAAAUACCUCUAUGGCAGUGGCUGUGUGUCUGGCAUCUACAUCCCGUCCAACAAACAGAAGCUCAGCAUCUACCAGGCCAUGAAAAAAGGGCUGGUCAGUCCUGAGGUGGCUCGACCCUUGCUGGAAGCCCAGGCAGCCACUGGCUUCAUUGUUGACCCCGUCAAGAAUGACAUGCUAACUGUAGAUGAAGCUGUCAGGAAAGGUGUGGUGGGCCCAGAGAUGCACGACCGACUCCUGUCUGCCGAGAGAGCUGUGACUGGUUACCGUGACCCUUACAGUGAGCAGAAAAUCUCUCUUUUCCAAGCCAUGAAGAAGGAUCUCAUCCCUUCGGAAGAAGCCCUCCGAUUGCUAGAUGCACAGCUGGCCACAGGAGGCAUCAUAGAUCCAUACCUGGGCUUCCACUUGCCCUUAGAAAUUGCCUAUCAGCGUGGCUACUUCAAUCGGGAGACGCACGAGCAGCUGUCUGAGCCCAGCGAGGUCCGCAGCUACGUGGACCCCUCCACAGAUGAGAAGCUCAGCUAUGCCCAGAUCUUAAAGCGGUGCAGGAAGGACGAGAACACGGGCUGCCUCCUGCUGCCGCUCUGCGACACGCGGAAGUUGACCUUCAGGGGCCUGAGGAAGCAGAUCAGCGUUGAGGAACUGGUGCGGUCCAAGGUCAUGGAUGAAGCUACUGCCCAGCGCCUCCAGGAAGGCUUAACCUCUGUGGAAGAAGUCUCUAAAAACUUGCAGAAAUUCCUGGAGGGCACCAGCUGCAUUGCUGGCGUGUAUGUGGACUCUUCCAAGGAAAGGCUCUCUGUGUACCAGGCCAUGAAGAAAGGAAUCAUCCGCCCUGGCACAGCCUUCGAGCUGUUGGAGGCCCAGGCAGCCACAGGGUACGUCAUCGACCCCAUCAAAGGCCUCAAGUUGACUGUGGAGGAAGCUGUACGCAUGGGCAUUGUGGGCCCCGAAUUCAAGGACAAGCUGCUUUCAGCAGAGCGGGCGGUGACGGGCUACAAGGACCCUUACUCGGGCAAGCUGAUCUCCCUCUUCCAAGCCAUGAAGAAAGGGCUGAUCCUGAAAGACCACGGGAUCCGCUUGCUGGAAGCUCAGAUUGCCACAGGAGGCAUAAUUGAUCCAGAGGAGAGCCAUCGUCUGCCCGUGGAGGUAGCGUAUAAGAGAGGCCUGUUUGAUGAGGAAAUGAAUGAAAUCCUCCUGGAUCCCAGUGAUGACACCAAGGGGUUCUUUGACCCAAACACAGAGGAGAACCUGACCUACUUGCAGCUGAUGGAGAGGUGCAUCACUGACCCAGAGACGGGGCUCUGCCUGUUGCCCUUGAAGGAGAAGAAGCGAGAGAGGAAGACUUCCUCCAAGUCCUCCGUCCGCAAGCGCAGGGUCGUGAUCGUUGAUCCGGAGACUGGGAAGGAGAUGUCUGUGUAUGAAGCCUACCGCAAAGGCCUCAUUGACCACCAGACCUAUCUGGAGCUCUCUGAGCAGGAAUGUGAGUGGGAAGAGAUCACCAUUUCCUCUUCCGAUGGAGUCGUCAAGUCCAUGAUCAUUGACCGGAGGUCAGGGCGGCAGUACGACAUUGACGAUGCCAUCGCGAAGGGCUUGAUAGACCAGUCCGCCCUGGACCAAUAUCGCGCAGGCACUUUGUCCAUUACGGAGUUUGCAGACAUGCUGUCUGGCAAUAUGAGUGGAUUCCGCUCCAGAUCUUCCUCCGUAGGCUCCUCUUCUUCCUAUCCUGUAAGCCCAGCCCACACAAGGGCUCAGCUGACGUCUUGGAGUGACCCCACUGAAGAGACUGGUCCAGUUGCUGGCAUCCUAGACACAGAGACCCUAGAGAAAGUAUCCAUCACGGAAGCCAUGCACCGCAAUCUGGUGGACAAUAUCACUGGCCAGAGACUGCUGGAGGCUCAGGCCUGCACUGGUGGGAUCAUUGACCCCAGCACCGGGGAGAAGUUCUCUGUGGCGGAUGCUGUCAACAAGGGCCUGGUUGACAAGAUCAUGGUGGACAGGAUCAACCUUGCUCAGAAGGCUUUCUAUGGCUUUGAGGACCCAAGAACCAAGACCAAGAUGUCUGCUGCCCAAGCCUUAAAGAAGGGCUGGCUGUACUAUGAAGCUGGCCAGCGGUUCCUGGAAGUGCAGUAUCUGACGGGCGGGCUCAUCGAGCCAGACGUGGCUGGCCGGGUCUCCCUCGAUGACGCUCUGCAGAAGGGCACCAUCGAUGCCCGGGCAGCUCAGAAGCUGCGGGACGUCGGCACCUACUCCAAGUACUUGACCUGCCCCAAGACCAAGCUGAAGAUCUCCUACAAGGACGCCAUGGAGAGGAGCAUGACCGAGGAGGGCACCGGCCUGCGCCUGCUGGAGGCCUCCUCCCAGUCCAGCAAGGGCUACUACAGCCCCUACAACGUCAGCGGCUCAGGCUCCGCCUCGGGCUCUCGCUCGGGCUCACGGACUGGCUCCCGGUCGGGCUCCAGGCGAGGGAGUUUUGAUGCCACCGGAUCCGGCUUCUCCAUGUCCUUCUCCUCCUCCUCCUACAGCUCAUCAAGUUAUGGGCGCCGAUAUGCCUCCGGUACCAGCGGCGGCAGCAGCAGCUCCUCAGAUGCAGCCACCCUCCGCCCUGCCUCGUCCCCCCUGAACGGGAAGCUCCUGGACCUGCCGGGGUCACAGCUGUCCAUGGCGUAACGCCCCCUCCUGCCUCCAUUGGCCCAGGAGAACUUUUGCAUUUAUCCUGCUCUGCAUGUGGUCAAGCGACUGGCUAAUCCUAUCAUCAUCUUCAUCAUUAUUAUUAUUAUUGCUGUUAUUUUUUAAUGUUUAAAACCCAUUAUUCUUCCAAAGCAGUGCCUAAAGUUUAACCAAAAAGACUAGACUAAUAUAUAUAUACAUACAUAUAUAUAUAUAUAUUAAUAUAUAAUGAUUGUUCUGGCAGCAUUUGUAUAUUGAGAGAGAAGAGAGAUGGCGCCCAGGGCCCCUCCGUUCCUCCGCUUCUUUCUGUUGGUGCCACUCCGUCUGCAGCGUGGAAGACUCCCCAGGCCCUGCCGAUGCCCGCUGCACCCUGGGGGGCUCCCGCCUGCAGCCCAGCCCAGCCCAGGCCUUUCCCCAUGAGCCUUGCCAACUCCACCCUUCCCCCAGAGGAGGAGACGCCCCCUGUGCCAAGCCUGCACCAGGGAAGGAAGAGCCGGCCACCAGCCUUGCUUGUACUCCAGAGACCCCCACCGCCGCCGCCACCACCCUCCGACAGCAGCGCCUGCCCCCUCUUCCCACUGGCCCUCCAGAGGAUGACCCAGGAGAGCUGCUUCUCCCGGCUGCCCCUUGGUUGGCCUCCCUCCAGCACGGGGACCCGGACCGCGGACUACCGUGAUUCCUAGCCCCGCCAAAGAAGCCCUCUUGUCCCUGGCAGAGCUCCUGAGCUGCCUUUCCGACACCAGCAAGUCUCGGAUCCCCUGGAGAGGAGUCCUGCGGGCAACCUCUCCUCCGCUGGACUCACCCACAAAG